AUGGUUCUAUAUACAGAGGCUGAUAAGAACAGUGGCAGAUCAUAUGGCCAACGCGAAAGUUGCAAAGAAAAUAAGCACAAAAUAUUUCUUUUUAUGCCGUGUCCAUUUAGGGCUAAAGCCGUAAUCUCUCUCUCUCUCUCUCUCUCUCUCUCUCUCUCUCUCUCUCUCUCUGGAACACCCUGUGUCUUAUCGCCCGAUCUAUCUAUCUAUCUAUCUAUCUAUCUCUGUGAGUCUAUCUAUCUAUCUAUCUAUCUAUCUAUCUAUCUAUCUAUCUAUCUUUUUCUGUCUUUCUCUAAAUUAUUGUACCUAACUAGUAAAUUAUUUCAAUCUUUUCAUUAUCUAUCUAUCUAUCUAGCUAGCUAUCUAUCUUUCAAUAUUUUCCUUAUCUAUCUAUCUAUCUAUCUAUCUAUCUAUCUAUCUAUCCUUUUUCUGCCUUUCUCUAAUUUAUUGUACCUAACUAGAAAAUUAGUUCAAUAUUUUCCUUAUCUAUCUAUCUAUCUAUCUAUCUAUCUAUCUAUCUAUCCUUUUCUGCCUUUCUCUAAUUUAUUGUACCUAACUAGAAAAUUAGUUCAAUAUUUCCUUAUCUAUCUAUCUAUCUAUCUAUCUAUCCUUUUUCUGCCUUUCUCUAAUUUAUUGUACCUAACUAGCAAAUUAGUUCAAUCUUUUUUUUCUAUCUAUCUAUCUAUCUAUCUAUCUAUCUAUCUAUCUGUAUGUAUCUAUCUAUCUAUCCUUUUUCUGCCUUUCUCUAAUUUAUUGUACCUAACUAGAAAAUUAGUUCAAUAUUUUCCUUAUCUAUCUAUCUAUCUAUCUAUCUAUCUAUCUAUCUAUCUAUCUAUCCUUUUUCUGCCUUUCUCUAAUUUAUUGUACCUAACUAGCAAAUUAGUUCAAUCGUUUUUUUUUCUAUCUAUCUAUCUAUCUAUCUAUCUAUCUAUCUAUCUAUCUCACUCGUCCUGUAUCUCUAACACAUUUUAUCGUUUAUUUUUCUUUGUUUUUACUUUCUCUGUCUAUUUUUUCUUUCUCUAUCUCUCAAAAUGUUUCUUUCUUUCUUUUUUUCUUUCUCACUAUUAUUAG